ACAAAAAAUACGAAUGUGAAAAAAUUCAUUUUUAAAACAGAAUUCAACGAGAACGGUACCAAUCAGAAUAAAACACAGACCCACAAACAAAUUCAAAUAUACGAGCGAAAUUUUUUUAACUACAGCAACAACAAACUGUACAGUGAAUUUUGCAUUAUUUAAUUGAAAGAUUAAUUAAUUAUGCAAAACAAUUAAGUGAAGUGCAAAAAAGAAGAAAGAAAACACGAGUUUUUUUUUUAGCGAAACAACAACAAAGUGCAUACAACUAAAGAGGAAUUUUAGUUGAAGAAAAAAUAAAUAAAUUGUUUCGAGAAAAAUCGAUUAAUUUUUGUUAAAAUAAAAGAAAUUCCUGAUAAAAACAAAUUGUUAAAGGAAAAAAUUGUAUUUGUGAAAUUUAAAGCAGAGAAAAUUAAUUUUCAUAAUUUCAAAUAUACAUUUUUGAGGAAUUGAAUAAUAAAAUUACAUAACCUUCAUAAAGAUCUUGAAAACAAAUUUAAUAGAAAUAGAAAUAUUUUACUUUUUGGUGGCCACAAUUACAAUAAUAAAAAAAUCACGAAAAAAAACUCUUGUGUAAUAAGCAAAAACCCAGAAUCUUUGGCAGAAUUUAUAAUUGUUUGUGCCGUAUAAAUACUUGAACAAAUUGCAAGCGAAAAAAGUGAAAAAUAACUUGUUAAAGCAAAAAAAAUUUGCAGAUUUUUCCUUAAAGGAAAAGCGGAUUGACAACAUGUAAGCGGCCAAGUCCGUCUCUAAAUUUUUGCCAAACUCUAAGUAAUUAAAACCAAACAUUUCUAUAAAAACACGUUUUUAAUCUUUUUUAAACAUUUUGUGACGGUCACACCUACAAAAAAAAAAAACAAAUAAUAAAAAACUUACCAAUUUAUAUAAAAUUUUAAGGCGUUUUGUUAAAAUUUUUACAAAAUAUUUUCACAAUUUAUUCUUCUAAACUUUUGGCGAAUUCUUUAAUUCUUCGUGUUUUUGUUUUGUUACACAAAAAAAAUUGCAAGUGUGUGUUCGAAUUGUCAAAAACAAUAAAAACAACAAAUAAAACAUUACAAAAACAACAUUAAUAGUGUUAUCUCUACUUACCGGUUCUUGUUUUUGUGCUUUUCAUUAAAUUACUCGGGUUCGUGUGUCGCCUGUACGUGAAUUGUUUUAACAGUGUGCGUGUGUUUUUGUUUUUCAAUGCACUCGUUUGUUUUUUAUUAAGAAGCCGGGUUUCUUUUUGAUUUGUUUUGAAUAUCAAAAACAAAACAAACUUCACUAAUAACUAAUUUUUUAUAGUUUUUUAGUGUUUACAAACAUUCACCUGAAGACCUAAAAACAAAAACAAAUAUAAACAAUUUUGUUUUAUACCUAUACUCUCACUUUUAACCAAAAAGAAGAAAAUAACCCGAAAAGCAAACAAAUUGCGUAUUUAGUUUGUUGUUUCAUUUUGGACUAUAUUUUGUAAGAGAUUUUAAAUUUGAGCAUGUCCCAAGGACAAAGGGAUACGAUUAUACAUUUAGUAGCUGGCGGAACUGCUGGUACAGUUGGUGCCGUUGUAACAUGUCCCCUAGAAGUUGUGAAAACACGUUUACAAAGUUCAACAGCAGCAUUUCAAACACCGCCACGAGUUGUUGAAAAUCCCAGUUCCACAAAUGCAUCCUCCGAACUAUUACGACCUGAACAGAGACGUAAACUCAGCACAACGAUAUUACGUAACAGGUCCCAACCACAGGUGAUUGGGGGUGUUCGUAGGUUUUUACAAAAAUAUUUCCAGAUAAUGGCUAUUUCACAUUGUGGCAUCUCAUCGUCAUCUACAAAGAGUAUGAGCAUAUUGCAGUGUUUGAGACACAUAGUACAACAUGAAGGACCCAAAGCAUUAUUUAAAGGUCUUGGACCGAAUCUCGUUGGUGUUGCACCAUCACGUGCCAUAUACUUUUGCACAUAUUCACAAACCAAAAAUUUCCUCAAUAAUUUAGGAUUAAUGCAACCUAAUUCACCACAAGUUCAUAUUGUUAGUGCAGCUAGUGCCGGUUUUGUUUCCUCUUCCAUAACAAAUCCAAUUUGGUUUGUUAAAACACGUUUACAAUUGGACUAUAAUUCCAAAGUUCAAAUGACCGUCAGACAAUGUAUCGAACGUGUUUAUACUCAGGGUGGUAUUGCAGGCUUUUACAAAGGUAUUACCGCCAGCUAUUUUGGCAUCUGUGAGACAAUGAUACAUUUUGUUAUCUAUGAAUUUAUCAAAUCGAAAUUGAUUGAACAGCAAAAUCUCCGCCAAAAUAAACAUCAUUCGGAUACUUCAAAGACCUCCAGAGAUUUUCUUGAAUUUAUGAUGGCUGGUGCCAUAUCAAAGACUGUUGCCUCAUGUAUUGCUUAUCCACAUGAAGUUGCGCGAACGCGUCUACGUGAAGAGGGUAGUAAAUAUAAUAAAUUUUGGCAAACAUUACAUACGGUAUGGAAGGAAGAGGGUAGAGCUGGUUUAUAUAGAGGCUUGGGUACACAACUUGUUCGACAAAUACCAAAUACUGCUAUAAUGAUGGCAACCUAUGAAGCUGUGGUUUACGUAUUAACACGACGUUUUAAUAAUAAAAGUAAUGAAUUCUAUGAUUUUUAAAAUAACUUAUUUCCUUAACCUUUAGCUAGGCUUAACAAAGUUUUAAACCCUUUAAAACACACAAACUUGAAAAGUUUGUUGUUUUUGUAUGGUAACUUAUUUAGUUAACAAACAACAAAGAGGUAAAAUCUAAAAAAAUCCUCAAAAAAAUAGUAAGAACACACUGUUUUUGAAACCAAAAGAAAGAAAUCAUAUUUAUACAAGUAUCUGUAGUUUAUGAGCGCUAAAAUUGUAGUUUUAGUUGAACAAACAAACAAAAUACAAACAACAUAAAGUUGCUAUGCAACUUUAAAUUUUAACAAUAAUUAUUAAAAUUAAAAACUUAAAAAAUACUGCUUUCUUAAAAUAAAACAAAAAAUCUGUAUAUGAAAACAAAAG